AUGACGGCAGUAGUCCGUCUACUUGUUUCGUGGUGGCUGCUUUCCCUUAUUUCGGCGCUGGUCUCAGCUAUACCAAUCUUUCCUGCAGCACCUCACAUCCUCGCAAGAAAGACGGAUCCAGUGAUAUCUCAUUCAGCGAAUGGAUCUGUUAUCAUAUUGGAUCCCUCCACCCAACAGACUAUUCCACAAGGACCCGGUACUGAUGGAAGUGGCUUGGGCUUCUCCCUCCCGGCUAUAGUUUGGAUCGUAUUUCUACUAGCGAUUGGCGCACCUCUGGCUUUGGCAGGUAUCCGGGGCUGGAGAUGCACUACUGGUGUUGCUAUCGGUUUGGCUGUUAUCGUUUGUUCUUGGGCUGCUAUCAUCAAUUCCGUUAAUCAAGUCGGGAUCUCCGACAUCCUCCUUACCUUGAUCGUCCUUGCCUUAGGUUUUCUUGGCCUGGUCGUUGGUGUCUUCGAAUUUUCCCGAAUGAUAGCUAUGACAUUACUCUGUCUCAUCGGGGGAUUAUCAUUUGGUGUGCGAAUUACUUUAUUGAAAACGAACUUGUUGUUUUCAAGUUUGGGAUUGAACUGGUUGAUCAUUGUGGUGUUUGGUGUGGCGGGAGGCUUGCUGCUUAUUUGGACAAACAGAAUCGCAAUGUUGAUUGCUUGCGCAAAUGCUGGCACCUUCUUGAUGUCCCUCGGGGUUGAUUUGAUUUUCAACAAACAGUCGGGACUUAGUUUUGGACUGAGAUCGCUCUUCGACUCGAACGACAACCACCUCGCGUACUUCAUCGAAAGAACUUACCGCCCGACCUUAUCUACCAGAAUUAUCCUCAUCGCUUCACUAGUCUUGACACCUGCUUUCGCCUUCGCUCAACACUUGUUAUUCAAGCAGCCAUUUACCAGAAGGGGUCCUCCGCUGUCCGAUGACGACCUGUGUCUCAAUUAUCCAACUGAAGACCUCAGCGCCAACAGGGCCACUGCGUUCUUUUCAGGAAUUUGGGAUGGCGCCAAACUCAAAAUGAGCACCAGUAGAUUCAGUGUCUAA